AUGCCAUUAAAUCCAGAAACCAGUCCUUAUUAUACUUAUUCAACCAAAGCACUUGAUGCCUCAUGGCCAAGACACCCUGGUUCUGUGGUUUUAGACACUCCUAGUUCAAAUCCAAAAGAUUAUAGAUUGAAAAUUGCUUAUAGAAAGUAUGAGACAACUAAAUCCGCCGCUACUAAAGCUUCCAGAUCACCUAUAAAUUUAGUAUUCAGUCAUGGUAAUGGUAUGAAUAAAGGAUUAUGGCAUUAUCAUAUUGAUAAAAUUUAUCAACACUUCAAUUCCUUACCUGAUGCAUACAUUAACACAGUGAUAGCUAUGGAUCAUGCUAAUCAAGGUGAUUCGGCUGUUUACAAUAAAGAAAAGUUAGGCCAUACUUACAGCUGGAUAGAUGGUGCAAGAGAUAUCGUUACUAUCGUUAAGGAUCAUGAAACAGCUUCAUUUUCUCAAGAAAAUGCUUAUAAUAUAGUGGUUGGACAUUCAAUGGGUGGAUUUCAAGCUCUUAUGGCGGGGUAUUUCGAACCUAAUUUGUUUAGUGCUGUAUUGGGUAUCAAUCCAGUAUGGUAUAAAGAACAUUCGACCCAUCAAAAGACGAAAGAAACCAUGACGAAAUGGCUCAAGAAAAACAGAAUAGCAUCACACUUUAAAUUCAAUGGACCUAAUAAAAAUUGGAAACAAGAUAUUAUAAAUUGGUAUAAAACCAAAUCGUUCUAUAAGUUUUUUGAUGAACAGGUGUUAUUAAAUAUGCUUGAAGAUGAUUUUCCUGAAGAAUUUGAUGUUAAUAAACCUUAUGAAGAGAUUAAGUUAAAACAUGAAGCACUGCAAGAAUUUAUCACUUAUUUUGGAGGUUAUAAUUCCUACAUGUCUUCAUCUCCAUUAUAUAAAUAUGUCAAGAUUCCAGUUUAUCAUGUCCAUUCCGAAAAUGAUCUUGGAGCUCCUGGUGGGGUUGAACUUUCAAGAGAGUUAUUAAAGGAUGUAGUCAUUCCAAUUGAUAUACCAAAACUUUUACAUUCAAUGAAUGCUGAACAACCUGAUUUAACCUUAGACUUAAUCUAUAAGGUUGUUGAUGAAAUCAUUUCAAAGCCUCCACAAAAGUCAAUUAAAGAUUUUGUAUGGAGAAAAGAACUUGGACCCGAUUAUAAGUCGAAGUUGGUUGAACAAGAAUACAAGGAGUUCAUAUUAGAACCAUUGACUCCUCCUAAGGAAUAUAAGUUAUGA